GUCGCAUUCACUUCUCGAUCAAUUACUCAAACCUGGACUUUGAAUCACGUAAAGCUAUUUGGAAUGUUUUCGUUGGGAAGAUAGCAAUCAAGAAACAAAUCAGUGAGGAAGAGAUAGAAAUUUUGGCGAAAGAAGAGAUGAAUGGAAGACAGCAAAGGAACCCUUCUGCUUUGACCAUAUACGAGUCGUCCUUGAUGUUGCAAGAGACUGGGAUAAAGCAAGGGAGCUGA